AUGAAGAACUGCAAUGAAAGCAACAACACGCUGCAGGAUGACAUUGUGCAUUUUCAGCUUAUCGUCUACAUCCCAGUGGUCUCUCUGGGGAUCCCACUGAACAUGAUUGCCUUCUGGGUCUUCUGCUGCAAACUCAAGAGGUGGACCGAGACCAGGGUGUACAUGAUCAACCUCAUGGUCGCAGAUAGUUUCCUGCUCUUUGCCAUGCCUUUCCUGAUAUAUUUUACCAAGUACAACUAUCCCAUAGACAAGCUGUGUCUCGCCAUACAGAACAUCUAUUUUACAAACAUGCCUAUGAGCAUCCUUAUCAUCACCCUGAUUGCGACUGAUCGAUACAUCGCCAUCAAGUUCCCUCUAAAAGCAAAGAUUCUUCGAUCCCCACUGAGAUCGGCUUCUAUCUGUGGGUUUCUUUGGAUAGUGCUGAUAAUUUAUUCCUACUUGCGUCCAAAACUUCACAGAACAAAUGAAAGAUUCUGCUUUCAGAAACAAUCUGUUCAACCUAAUUAUGUAUUGUUAUUCUCCAUUAUCUUUCAGUAUUUUAUUCCCUUAGGGAUUGUGAUUUUUUGCUCAGUACAAGUCAUCAAAUGUCUCAAAAAGAAGAUGGCCACGAGCCCUCAUGAGACAACGUUAGUCCAGAAAGCAAUCCACAUUGUUUCUGUAAAUUUGUGUGUGUUCAUCGUAUGUUUUUUACCUCUCCACAUCACACUGCUCUUGCGGUUUGCAGUGGAUGUUGCUGGAGCUUGUUCUCUGCUCUCGGAAGUUAGAGCCUCUAUUCAGAUCUGUGGAUGCUUAGCAAAUUCUAACUGCUGUUUGGAUGCUUUUUGCUAUUACUUUGCAGCCAAAGAAUUUCAGGAAUUUCCUUCUCUGUUCCCUAAUUAUAUAUCAAUGAGGUUCAAGAUGAACCAAAGCCAAGAGUCACAGCCACCCACUGAUCAAGUCAUGACAUAA